UCUUUUAUCUCCUUCGCCGUGGAACUCCGUGGAGAACCGCCGCACUGCGCCGGCGGAUGCUACGCCGUGGAGCUCCCAGGCUUCUUGUCGCCGUGAACCUCACCUUCCCCGCCACAGCCAACCACGCCCGCAUUUCCUACCAGGGCAUUCACGUAGCAACAGCUCCAUACCACCAUGCGCCCGCCGAGGUCGGCGCCCGCUGCCUGCUCGACGGAAUGCCCCACGGAGCACGGGCCAGCUCCAUCGUGCGCGCGCUCAGGGACGACGCGCGCCUCGCCGCGGACGCCGUGGCCGCCCUCCACUGCGCGUCCCUCAAGUCCGGCGCGGUGCUGGACCCGCCCGUGCGCACCUCCCUCCUCACGUCCUACGCCAGGAGGAGGGGCGACGCGCGUGCCGCCCUGGCGCUGUUCGACGAGGCCGCCCGCCCGGACCUGAUCCUGUGGAACGCCGCGCUCGAUGCUCUGACGCGGAGCUGCCGCCUGGGCGACGCCGCGGUUCUGUUCCGGCGGAUGGCGCGCGUGCUCGGGGCGUUCGAUUCGGCCACCAUGGUCAUCAUGCUGUCGGGUGCGUCGCGCGCCAGAGACAUGGACCUUGGGACGUCGCUCCAUGCCGCGGCCGUGAAGAGACGCCUCGACGCUGACCUCAACCUUCAGAAUGCUCUCGUGGACAUGUACGCGAAGUGUGGGCGUUUCUGGGCUUCGGAGGCUGUGUUCUGGAGGAUGCCGUGUUGGGACACCACCUCAUGGAAUUCUAUGAUUGGUGGAAGCACGUUCAAUGGACUUUCUCAAGUUUCGGCUUGUUACUUCAGGGAGAUGAUCCGUUUCGCGGCUCAGGCAGAUGAGGUCACCCUGUCUUCUGUCCUUUCAGCUGCUUCUCGCGCAGAUGAUCAUCUUUUAUCCUUUGGGGGAUCUGUCCAUGCCUGUCUCGUCAAGCUUGGUUAUGAGGAAACCGCGUCUUGCUCGGUGGCGAAUUGUCUGAUAACAUUUUAUUCAGCCCUUGGGUUUCCCGACGAUGCAGAGAAUGUCUUUGCAGCCAUUUCCAGUAAAACUUUGGUAUCAUGGAAUGCUAUGAUCAAGGGAUUGGUGGACAAUGAAAAGGUCAGCGAAGCCCUCUUUGUUUUCCAAGAAAUGAUAUCAGGGUACCAGCCAGAUCAUGCGACUUUGGUGACUGUAAUUUCUGGCUGUGCUGAUCAAGGACUGCUCCGUGAAGGGAAAGAAAUCCACGGAUACAUAGUCAGAAAAGGCCUUCUCCUUGAGGAGUCCUCUAUAGGAAACAGCCUACUUGGUUUAUAUAUGAAAUGUCAUGACUCAUUUACUGCUAAGCUUUUGUUCAGGAAAAUGCCAAUAAGAGACCUGAUCUCAUGGAACACAAUGCUUUCUGGCUACUCAAGAGAUGUCUCACUGGGAGUAGAGGCUCAAGAUAUGUUCAAAGAGCUGCUUUCUGAAGGUUUAAAGUGCACCAUGGCCACUAUACUUGCUGUUCUACCUUCAUGCUCUUGUCCAGAAGACCUUAGCUUUGGCAAAGGAGUUCAUUCUUUUAUCCUGAAGUAUGGAUUUGUGAGUGCAGUUUCAGUUGUUAAUGCGUUGAUGCACAUGUACAUAUGCUGCGGGGACACACUGGCUGGCUUCGCGCUAUUGGAAAGGAUAAUGUUGGUGUCAGAUAUUAUUUCAUGGAAUACAGCCAUAGUAGGCUGUGUACAGAAUGGACUACAUGCUGACGCCUUGGAAGCCUUUCGGUUCAUGCAUUCAUCUUUGCCAGUAAAUCCUGACAGCAUUACACUAGUUAGUGUUUUAUCAGCGUGUGGAACUCUUAAACUGCACUCCCUAGGAAAGUCCAUCCACUGCAUGUCACUAAAGCACUUGCUUGCAUGCAAUUUGAGGGUGAAGAAUGCCCUGUUAACCAUGUAUUUCCGGUUUGCAGAUACUGAAAGUGCCGAGUCAAUCUUCUAUAGUCCUGGAGAUAUAAAUUUGUGCUCCUGGAAUUGUAUGAUCUCUGGCUUUGCACAGAAUAACGAUGGCUGGAGAGCAUUGCAGUUAUAUCAGAAGAUUGAAGACUUCGUGCCUGAUGAAAUGUGUACAGUCAGUAUCAUCUGUGCUUGCACCCAACUAGGGGAUCUUAGAUAUGGAAAGAGCAUUCAUGGGCAUGUGGUCAGGUCUGAUCUUCAAAAUAAUGUUUUUGUUUCAGCAUCGCUAGUUGAUAUGUACAGUAAGUGUGGAAGACUCGACGUUGCUGUCAGGGUAUUUGGAUCCUCUGCUGAAAAAUCAGUUGCUUGCUGGAACUCCAUGAUAUCAGCUUUAGGAUUUCAUGGGCAUGGGUUGCGAUCAACAGAACUUUUCUGCAAGAUGAUUCAGUGUGGGAUGACAGCCACGAGAAGUACUUUUAUUGCUCUUUUGUCAGCUUGCAGUCACUCUGGACUCACUGAUGAAGGAUGGGAGUAUUACCACCUUAUGUCAGAGAAAUUUGGGAUUACUCCAACAGCCGAACACCAUGUAUGCAUUGUUGACAUGCUUGGACGUGCUGGUUGGCUGCAGGAAGCACAGAAAUUUGUGGAGAGUUUACCAUCCAAGGAAGCACAUGGAGUUUGGGGUGCACUGUUAAGUGCUUGCAGUAACAAGGCUGAACUCAAGAUGGGUGAGUCCAUCGCAAAGCAUUUGCUCUGCGUGGAGCCUGAAAACAGUGGUUAUUAUGUGACAAUUUCUAACCUGUAUGCAAAUCAAGACAUGUGGGAUGGUGCAGUCAAGAUUAGGGACAUUUUGCAAGAUAAAGGAUUGAUGAAGCCCCAUGGUCACAGCUUUAUUGGAUAAAGGGUGGCAAAGGAACCAUGGAAGCUAUGCUGUCCAAGAAAUUUUUGCACUGAAUUACCAAAGGUGCAUGUUCCCUUCACCAUAUUCGGUCAUGCAGGUUCGCUCAAGCGUAACACAGGCAAUAUGUUUUGUGCACUUCUGCGUCAGUAUCCCAUAUGCAUAAAGGCAAUCUUGUGAUAAUCCAACUUUGCACCAUUCUGCCGACGACCAUACAGCUGCCAUUCAGAAUCUGGCAUACCGGCACUUGACCAGGUGGCUUCUGCUGAAGAUGCUAACCAGAGGUUUGUCUGUACGGCAACAUAACACACUCGAGAACCAAGGAAAAGCAAAGAUCAAACAGUAUGAAAAUGCUGCAAUGAUGGUGGUGCCGAAGCCCGGCAUGUUACAUCUCGGUUUGGAUUGACAGAAGAAGACACAUGACAGCAAGUGAGAUAUAUAUAGUACUCGUAUUAAGGUGUGAUAAGUGGAGGAGAAGGCAAAAUUGGUGGUGGUUAUAAUUGGGUGAGGGAGAGGUCGUUGGCUCGGCUUAUCCUGGGGAGCAGUUCCAUCUGUUGUGCGUCAUUCACGGGCUGGGUUUGGGUUAUUAGGAGACACGGAGCAUGUGGCCGCACUGGAAGCCAGCCUAGAAAAUACUACAGCUACCCUGGGGUGGGGUGGACAGCAAUUAAUCACCACCUUUCUCUCUCUACAACUCCAGCAUGCAGGUGAAGACCAACAUCUACGUGGCUUUGAGUGGAUAACUGAGCAAAACUAGGGUUUUAAUUCCAUAUGGUCUAUCUAUGCCGAGCUUUCAGAAAUCUAAUCAAGUCGUUCCUCUGCUUUGGAAGUUGAAAUAUGCAGGAGCCGACAUGACAGCUCUCUUGGGGAAGGGCCGACAGUGCAACUUUCAGUUUGUCUAGUGUGUGUCUUGUACUGAUGGAUGAUCCAUUUAUGGCCUUGUGCAUCAUCCCUUGGGCUCAUGGUUGGCAAGUGCACACCAAUGAAUACAUAUGUUAAGAAGGGCAUUUUGUAGCUUCAUUUUUACCAUUACAUGGUCCAUUUUUUUCUGUAUGGCAAAGUUCAUUUGGUACGCAACAUUACUUAAAAGAAAAACAAAGUGAAUUCUUUCCAACCUA